UCUCCGAAACAACAGCUUCCAACAUGAACACUAAGAUCGUCAUCCUCCUGGGCCUGGCUGCCAUCGCUGCGGCUGACAGCAGGGAAUCCUAUGAAUAUCUCCCUCCAAGGGUUUCCUCCGAGGAAUCCGCUGAGUCCUACGAGUCCUCCGAAGCCAAGUACAGCUUCAACUGGGCCGUCAGCGAUGACUCCUCAAGCAACGAGUUCGGACACCAGGAGGCCCGCGACGGCGACGACACCCAGGGAUCCUACUACGUGCAGCUCCCCGACGGCCGCCUGCAGACCGUCAAGUACUUCGUGGACGGCGACUCCGGCUACGUGGCCCAAGUCAGCUACGAGGGCGAGGCCAGUUAUCCCGACUCCCUCGAGUCCUUUGAGUCGGAGUCCGAUGAGUCUGCUGAGUCCCGCGAAUAUAGACCUCCCAGGCCCCAGUACUUCUACGACUCCAAUGAGUCCAAGUAAAUCGUACUAAAUGCCUUUUCUGACCGUUUUUUUUUUUUC